CCCGCUCAGGGCCAUUUCAAGGACACCUCCCGCAGUGGGAUUUUUUCUUAAAAGCCUUAUUUAGGUUUUAAAAAAUAUUUGUGUUAUUUUUAUGGCAUUUCCUAGGUAUUUGUGUGUCUUCAGAUAGAUACGCGCGCACAUACGGAGCAGGGGCACGGGAAGCAGUUCCGUCGCUCGCCCCGCCCCCUGGGCGCGGCCUCGGCGCCAAAAGGGGCGUGAGGCGCUGCCGCCAUUUUGUGUGCAGAGCGCGCGGCCGGCCGUCCUCAGCGUCCCGCAGCCUCUGCCUCCCCCGGGACCCGCCGCCGCCGCGAUGCUCUCCGCCCGCGUGGCCGCCGCCCUCGCCCGCUCCCUGCCUCGGCAGGCCGGCCUGGUUUCCAGAAACACCCUUGGUGCAGCCUUUGUUGCUUCAAGAAACCUCCAUGCCUCCAAACCAUGCUUUCAGAAAACUGGUACUGCCGAGGUGUCCUCUAUCCUCGAGGAGCGCAUCCUGGGAGCCGACACCUCGGCUGAGCUGGAGGAGACGGGCCGCGUGCUCUCCAUCGGUGACGGGAUUGCCCGCGUCUACGGCCUCAGGAAUGUCCAGGCAGAGGAGAUGGUUGAGUUCUCUUCUGGGCUGAAGGGCAUGUCCUUGAAUUUGGAGCCUGACAACGUUGGUGUUGUCGUGUUUGGUAACGACAGACUGAUCAAAGAGGGGGAUGUUGUGAAGAGGACUGGUGCCAUUGUGGAUGUUCCGGUGGGGGAGGAGCUGCUGGGCCGUGUUGUGGAUGCCCUGGGCAACCCAAUUGAUGGGAAGGGUGCUAUUGCAUCUAAGACACGUAGGAGAGUUGGCUUGAAGGCCCCUGGGAUCAUUCCCAGGAUCUCUGUGCGUGAGCCCAUGCAGACUGGGAUUAAGGCUGUGGACAGCUUGGUGCCCAUUGGUCGUGGCCAGCGUGAGCUGAUCAUUGGUGACAGGCAGACCGGAAAAACUUCAAUUGCAAUUGACACAAUUAUCAACCAGAAACGAUUCAACGAUGGCACAGAUGAGAAGAAGAAGCUGUACUGUAUCUAUGUUGCAAUUGGCCAGAAGAGAUCCACUGUUGCUCAGCUGGUGAAGAGGCUCACUGAUGCAGAUGCCAUGAAGUACACUAUUGUGGUGUCUGCCACAGCAUCCGAUGCAGCACCCCUGCAGUAUCUGGCUCCUUACUCAGGCUGCUCCAUGGGGGAAUACUUCAGAGACAACGGGAAACACGCCCUAAUCAUCUAUGAUGACUUGUCCAAACAGGCCGUUGCCUACCGUCAGAUGUCUCUGCUGCUGCGCCGCCCCCCUGGCCGUGAGGCCUACCCCGGUGAUGUGUUCUACCUGCACUCCCGUCUGCUGGAGAGAGCAGCCAAAAUGAACGACUCCUUCGGGGGCGGCUCUCUGACCGCCUUGCCUGUCAUCGAGACUCAGGCUGGGGAUGUGUCUGCUUACAUUCCAACCAAUGUCAUCUCCAUCACCGAUGGACAGAUUUUCUUGGAAACUGAGUUGUUCUACAAAGGUAUCCGUCCAGCCAUCAACGUUGGUCUGUCUGUGUCCCGUGUGGGUUCUGCUGCUCAGACCAGGGCUAUGAAGCAGGUGGCCGGUACCAUGAAGCUGGAGCUGGCUCAGUACCGGGAGGUCGCUGCCUUCGCCCAGUUCGGCUCUGACCUGGACGCUGCCACGCAGCAGCUGCUGAACCGCGGCGUGCGCCUGACAGAGCUGCUCAAGCAGGGCCAGUACGUUCCCAUGGCUAUUGAGGAGCAGGUGGCAGUCAUCUAUGCUGGUGUAAGAGGUCAUUUGGACAAGCUGGAGCCCAGCAAGAUCACAAAAUUUGAGAGUGCUUUCCUAGCUCAUGUGCUGAGCCAGCACCAGUCACUCCUCUCCACAAUCAGGACUGAAGGGAAGAUUUCUGACCAGACAGAAGCGAAGUUGAAGGAAAUAGUCACAAAUUUCCUGGCUACUUUUGAGGCAUAAACUCUUAAAACUGUUGUGACAGUUGUAACCAGGCUGUUGUGACCCAGUGUUCCAGCUCCGUCAAAGACAAAGGCAUGUGCGACUUGAAUGUACAGAUCUCGGUGAGAAUAAAGGUUCCCAUGUAAAAAGGC